GUGAAAAAAACUGCAGAACACUCCAAGCAAACUGAUUUCUGAAGUUCUUAACAUCAGCUUGGAUGGUUUAGAGGAAAAUGAGAGGGCCAUUUUUCUGGAUAUUGCAUGCUUUUUCAUAGGAGAGGACAACGAGUAUGUGAAGAAGAUCCUAGAAGCUUGUGACCUGCAUCCAGAUAUUGGAAUUCGAGUUCUUGUGGAGAAGUCCCUUGUUGCUGUUGAUAUGGACAAGCUUUGGAUGCAUGAUUUGAUUCAAGAAAUGGCCAAAGAAAUUGUUCUAUCUGAAUCCCCAAAAGAUCCUUGUCAACGGAGCAGAUUAUGGUUUCAUCAAGAUGUUCUUCAAGUACUGAAAGAACAAAAGGAAAGGAACAACAUAGAAUGCAUAAGGCUAGACAUGCCUGAAGCAGAAAAUGUGAAGAUCAGUGGCAAAGCCUUGGAGAAAAUGAAAAAGCUUAGAAUUCUUAUGGUUGGUAAUGCAAACAUUUCAGAUGGUAUUCCAUAUCUGUCUGAUGAGCUAAGGUUAAUUGACUGGUCAAGAUACCCUUCUUCAACUCUGCCACCAAACUUCUACCCAAAGAGGCUUGUUUCUUUAAAGAUGAAUCAUGGCCGCAUCAAACAUUUAUGGAAGGGAGUCAAGAUAUUUCGAGAUCUGAAGUUUUUAUCCUUUAGCUGCUGCGAAUACCUCUCGGAAAUUCCAAACUUGUCAUUGAUUCCACAGGUUGAGAGUUUGAGUCUAGACCAUUGCAAAAGCCUAGUGGAAGUUCACGAGUCUGUGGGAUCUCUUGAGAAGCUUGUCACCUUAAAACUUGUUUUCUGCUCGAAUCUCAAGACUCUUCCAUGUCGUUUCAAGUUAAAGUCUCUACGCUCUCUUCUCCUUACAGGCUGCUCAAACAUCCGAAACUUCCCUGAGAUUGUUGAGAAAAUGGCAAGUGUUGAAGAAGUCCUUCUCGAAGGGACUUCUAUAAAAGCAUUGCCUCAAUCAACAGAAUAUCUGAUUGGUCUAGAAGUGUUGCUGUUGGAUUCUUGUCAAAAGCUUGAGCAUCUCCCUUGCAGCAUUGAGAAAUUGCAGUGCCUUGUUAGUCUCUCUCUCUCAAACUGCCCUAGAAUUAGAGAGCUUCCAAAGCUUCCACUGAAUACAAGAUUCAUGUGGACAAAUAAUUGUAGAUCAUUGCAAAAGUUUCCAAAUUUAUACAGCACAUCAAGUUCUAUUCCUGGUCUAGACGACUUCCAACGUUCAUAUCAUAUGAGUUUCAUCAACUGCCAUAAUCUGAUCCAUAAACAAGUCCAAGACCAGAUAACAAAUCGUUUAUUUGAUGAGGCAUCUCAAUAUGAAAUCAUGCUUCCUGGUGGCACGGUCCCAUAUUGGCAUGACCAUCACAGUACUAAUGGAUCGAUAUCUCUUGAGGUGGCUUCAAGGUUUAAUGGUAAGCCAGUGGAGUUGUUUUUUGGUGCUGUUUUUGAUGUGAACAAGACGUCUAACAAUACUUUUCCAACUGGUGCAUUUUCAUUUUUUGUUGAGUUGGCCAUCAAUAAUCACAAAACUCUUGCCAUAGCCAGAACAUUUGAUUCACUGGAGACAAGUCACGUGUGGCUAACAAAGAUUAAUUUUGGUAAUGUGUUGCGGCCCUUCCUGUGGCCAUUCAACCAUGAUAUGCAUUAUUGGAAUCAGUUUGUGGUUUCAUUUGGGUUCUCUCAAGUAUCACCAAAUGUGAAACUAAACGCAGUCCUGAAAUUCUGUGGGUUCCAUAUUUCGUGCAAGCAGGAUGGGUAUUCAAUUGAUCAUACUUUGGUCAAAAUAUGAAUGAUAACAGUUAACCACACCAUGGACGUGUGUAUUUGUGUAAAGGGUAUCUGAUUGAUAACUUGUUUCAUUAUGAUUAGGAUGUCAAAACUACUUAUGGUUGUAAUAUGAUGAUUACCCUAGCGAUUUAAAAUUAA